AUGGAGCGACAGAAUCUAACAGAAGUCUCAGAAUUCCUCCUCCUGGGCCUUUCUGAAGAUCCAGAAGUGAAGACAAUACUUUUUGGACUGUUCCUGUUCGUAUACCUGAUCACAUUGGCUGGGAAUCUGCUUAUCAUCCUGGCUGUCAGCUCUGACCCCCACCUCCACACCCCCAUGUACUUCUUCCUCUCCAACCUGUCCUUGGCUGACAUUGGUUUCAUCUCCACCACAGUCCCAAACAUGCUGGUGAACAUCCAGACACAGCAAAAAUCCAUCACUUAUGUGGGCUGCCUGACACAAGCAUCCUUUUUAUAUCUGUUUGCAUGUCUGGACAAUAUGUUCCUUACUGUGAUGGCUUAUGAUAGGCUUGUGGCCAUCUGUCAACCCCUUCACUACACAAUUAUCAUGAACCCCCAACUCUGUGGCUUGCUAGUUUUGGUAUCUUUUCUUAUCAGCCUUCUGGACUCCCAGCUGCACAUUUCAAUGGUGUCACAGUUUAACUUCUGUACAGAUGUGGAAGUCCCCAGUUUCUUCUGUGAUCCUUCACAACUUCUCAACCUUGCCUGUUCUGAAACUUACACAAAUACCAUAAUAAUGUACUUUUUUGGUGCUAUCUUUGGUGGUGUUCCAGUCUCAGGGAUCCUUUUCUCUUACAUUCAAAUUGUUUCCUCCAUUCUGAGAGUCUCAUCUUCAGGUGGGAGAUGUAAAGCCUUUUCUACAUGUGGCUCUCACCUGUCAGUUGUUUUAUUAUUUUAUGGAACAGGACUUGGGGUGUAUCUCAGUUCAGCUGUCACAUCUUCUGCUAGGAAGGGUGCAAUGGUCUCAGUGAUGUACACAGUGGUGACCCCCAUGCUGAACCCCUUUAUCUACAGUCUGAGGAACAGGGACAUAAAGAGAGCUCUGGAGAGGCUCCUCAGUACAACAACCUAA